CUGUACUGAGAGCUCUAGUAAUUAAAAUCUUAGCACUGCUGUUAAAGUGCCUACACCACAGCCUAAUGUAGUUUCUAGGAAAUCAAGACAGACUUCUGAUGUGUGGAAGCAGAACUCAGCUCACUGUCAACUUCAUCCCUUACUAUCAGUUAGGUGUGGCCCAAGCACCCAGGUCAUUUUAAGGCCUCUACUUUGUGUCUCUUUGUGAUCAUCAGGAUGUCUGGACGUGGAAAGAAAAAUGUGGUGCCUGGAAGACCUGGAGCUUUACCAAAGAAAACAAAAUCAGCCAAGGCUGGUCUUCAGUUUCCUGUGGGUCGUGUCUACAGGUUGCUUAAGAGAGGGAACUAUGCUGAGAGAAUAGGUCCCGGCGCUGCCAUCUACCUAGCUGCAGUGCUGGAGUACCUGAGUGCAGAGAUCCUGGAGCUGGCGGGAAACGCUGCGCAGGAGAACAAGAAAGCCAGGAUCCUGCCGCGACACAUCCAGCUGGCUGUGAGAAAUGAUGAAGAGCUGAACAAACUCUUCUCUUGUGUGACUAUUGCCCAGGGAGGGGUUAUGCCAAAUAUCCUUUCCCAACUCCUUCCCAAGAAAACACUCAAAGAAAGUGCUCCUUCCCAGGAGCAACCUGGUAGCCAGUGAAACUUGCUUUUCCUGGUCUGAU